UCUUUCAGUAAGGUCCAAGCACAUGCAAUCAAGUACUUGCUCUAACCACAUUAAUCAGAAACUGUUUUCAAAGAAAUCUGAAAAUGGGCAUUUAUUUUCCUUGACCUCACUGCAGCAUAUGUUAUGGUGUGGCACACAGGUCUGCUUGUUAAAGCAUCAAGAGUUCCCCCACCCUGGGUUACUGAUGCCAGGGAACUGCUCUUCUGACACAGAUGGUUCAGGGUGCAUGUGGGUGAGAAAACAAGUUAUUGGAAGAAAACGGAUGAACGGGUUAUCCGAGGGAUCUGUCCUAGCCCCAACCUUUUAAAAUCUAUACAUCAAGUGACCUGCCACCAACUCAGGUGCGGAAGCUCAUCUAUGCAGACGACAUGCUGCAGGCUACCAGGCUCAGACUUUCUCUGCGCUGGAGAAAACCCCAAGAGAUGAUGCUGCAUAGCUGGCCAACUUUUGCAAGACAUGGCGCCUUCAGCCUAGCACCAGGAAGACAGUCUUUAGCACAUUCUGCCUCCACCAAGCCACUGCUAAGAGGAAACUAAACAUCAUAAUAAAUGGCCAGAAGCUGAAGCAUGAAGUGUACCCUGUUUACUUAGGUGUGACCCUUGACUGAACGCUACUUACAAAAGUCACCUGAACAAGGCAGCAGGAAAGGUCAAUACAUGCAACGAUCUUUACAGCAAACUGGCAGGUUCGUUCAUGGGGAGCAGAUGCAUCAACCUUAUGGACCUCAGUCCUUGCCAUUUGAAUUCAACAGCCGAGUACUGUGUGUGUGCCGACUGACACCAAACUUGUUGACGUGCAACUCAACUCAACAAUCUGCAUCGUCACAAGAACUCUCCGACCAAUUCAUCUUUUAUGGCUUCUAUCUUUGAUUGCUCCCCUUUACAUCAUGAGGGAGAUUGCAGUUGGCAAACUGCUUGAGAAGGGUGUGAUAGGUGUACAGCUUGUGGUUACCAUGGUGAUGGCUAGUGUCAUUCAGAAGAUCAUACCUCACUAUUCUCUAGCUCGUUGGCUUCUCUGUAGUGGCAGUUUACGAUGGUAUCAACAUCCUACUGAAGAAGAAUUACGAAUUCUUGCAGGGAAGCAACAAAGGGGGAAAAGCAAAAAAGAUAGAAAAUAUAACGGUCAUAUUGAAAAUAAACCCCUAACCAUUCCUAAGGAUAUUGAUCUUCAUCUGGAAACGAAGUCAGUUACUGAAGUGGACACUUUAGCAUUGCAUUAUUUUCCUGAAUAUCAGUGGUUGGUGGAUUUCACAGUUUCAGCUACAGUGGUGUACUUGGUAACUGAAGCCUACUACAGUUUGAUGAAGCCCUCGCAGGAAAUGAAUAUUAGCAUAGUCUGGUGUCUGCUUGUUUUGGCUUUUGCCAUCAAGAUACUGUUCUCAUUGACCACUCACUACUUCAAAGUAGAAGAUGGAGGUGAAAGAUCUGUCUGUGUCACCUUUGGCUUUUUUUUCUUUGUCAAAGCCAUGGCAAUCCUUAUUGUAACUGAAAAUUAUCUAGAAUUUGGACUUGAAUCAGGGUUUUCAAAUUUUUCAGAAAGUGCUGUGCAGUUUCUUGAAAAGCAAGGUUUGGAAUCCCAGGGUCCCCUGUCUAAACUAACUUUCAAACUGUUCCUGGCUGUUCUUUGUUCACUUAUUGGUGCUUUUUUGACAUUCCCUGGCUUACGACUGGCUCAAAUGCAUCUGGAUGCUCUAAAUUUAGCAACAGGAAAAAUAACACAAACAUUGCUGCAUAUAAACUUCUUGGCACCUUUACUUAUGGUCUUAUUGUGGGUAAAACCAAUCACCAAGGACUACAUUAUGAACCCAUCUCUGGGCAAAGAGAGCAUACCUUUAAUGUCAGAAGCAACAUUUGAUACGGUACGACUGUGGAUAAUUAUCCUAUUGUGCGCUUUACGGUUGGCCAUGAUGCGCAAACACCUGCAAGCCUACCUUAAUUUAGCACAGAAAUGUGUGGAUCAGAUGAAAAAGGAGGCUGGCAGAAUAAGUAUGGUUGAUCUGCAGAAAAUGGUGGCCCGAGUAUUUUAUUACCUUUGUGUAAUUGCAUUGCAGUAUGUGGCACCUUUGGUAAUGCUGCUUCAUACAACUCUGCUUUUGAAAACACUAGGUAAUUAUUCUUGGGGCAUCUAUCCAGAAUCUAGCUCUGACUUUCCGGUGGAGAACAGUCCACUCCCCAAUUCAGUUUAUUCUGAGUCUCCUCCUGCUGAUGGGAAGAUGAAGGUAACUGUAGUACAAAUAACAAUGGCAUUGGGCAGCCUAAAGAACAUUUUCACUCCUCUUCUGUUCCGAGGACUCCUGUCUUUUCUCACCUGGUGGAUUGCUGCUUGCCUCUUCUUCACAAGCCUUUUUGGGCUUUUCUAUCACCAGUAUCUAACUGUGGCAUGAAUAAUCAGCUCACCAAGGAAAUAUCUGAAGUUAACUUCUCAGUUCAAACCCAUGUACCCCAGAGGGGCUGAAGAAAAAAUGGAAGAAUGCAUAUGUGAAGAAAAAACACAUAUCAGAUUUUAUUCUUAAAUGCUUUCUCUGUAUUCUCAGGGUGAAUAUUGUUGCUUCAAAUCACAAGUGAGUUUAACUUUUGUUACCGAAUAGUAGGUAACUAACUGCUGAAUUAUGGUAUUGGAACUGUGACUAACCUUUUUGUGUGGCUGAUAUUGGAGGGCUAGUUAAAAGGGUAGCGCCUGUGAGUACCUAGCUUUCCAUUAACAGUAAGCUGCCCUCAAAACUUUGUAUAUUACUUCAGUCAUUGACUGAUGACUCGUAGUGGUAUUGAGGUACAGGUAACACUAAUGGUGGCUGCCUAGUUAAACAAUCUUGAAACAGAGCCAUACCAUGGGGAGAGAAUAAUUUCUGUUGGAAUGAUAUUGAUCACUUUUCUGUGUGAAAAGCAAAAAAAAUCCAACAGAACAGAAAAAAUACUGUAUAUUACAGUAAAGAAGGCUAUGUAAUAUUUGAAUUUAGGGUAGGAACAAAUGCAUGGACUCAGCAAAUAUUGCUGCCUAAAGUGCAGGAAUGCUCAUGCUGUAAGAAUAUUAGAAAAAUAUAUAUUGUCUCAAUCCCUGCAGUCAUUUUAAAGUAAUGGCCAUAUAAACCCUCACAAGUACAGUAUUGGUGCUACUAUUGAUCCACAAAUUCCAUUUGGGUCUUCAAAAUUUAAUUUUUCCAAGUAAUAGAUAAAUUCCAUUCAGUUCACAAAAUAAUUGGAAUAGAUUAUCAACACAGAUCAAACUGUUUAAAAAGGAUACCUAUAAUCCUGCUGAGUGUGUAUGUAUCUGUAAAGUAAGUGUGUGUGUGUGUGUGUAUAUAUAUUAUAUAUUAGAUAUAUAAUAUAUAUGGAGUCUAUAAAAAUAAAUAUUGAAUCUUUAAGUUGCUGAAUGUAUGUUACAGGGCAGUGGGAUAGGGACAUAUAUGUAUCUAAUGAGUUCAAGAUCUCUUUUUGAAUGAAAAUAAAAAAUUUUUUGAAAGUUCAGCUGAAAGGGCUAUUCAUUUUUGGUGCCUCUACAAAGGUACUUAACUUUAAUAAAGAACCUUUGCAAUUUUGUUGAAAGAGAUUCACCGAGAAGUUGUUACUCUUAUCUUUUCUGCUCUCUGUAAUCUUCAUUUGUUAGUCUAAUGUGAGAUUAUCCUGCUGAUGUAGAAGUAUUGAACAUCUUUUAGUCUCAGAAAUGUAUUUUCUGUACCUUAAUUUUAAAAUGUAUAGUAAGGAGGAGGAAAGUAUGAAUUUGGCAAGUUUUGUUUAGUUUGAAUAACAGAUCCUAAGUUGACUACUUUGAGAAGAAAUUAGAAUGACAUUUUUUUUCAGUUGUUUUGUGUAUACUGUAAUCAAAAAUGCAGGAUUGGGAAUUAUUUUUUAAAAAUUUUACUUUUAAAAAAAAAAGUGUACUGCAAAAAGAUAUGUUGUUGUAUGAGGAAGUAAUAUUAGCCAUACAUAUAAAAUAUGGGUAACGCUUUUGAGUUUCUUUGAAUUAUUUGUGUAAAGCUCGGAAUAUAGUA